AUGUCCGGCGCUUUCGCCAUACCACCGCCUCCUUAUGUCGCUGUCGAUCCCAAGAGCAACUCAGGCACUGCUACGCCCAAUAGCAUCAUACAGGCAGGCUUGCCACCGCCUGUCGUAGCAGCGAGAAGGUCUUCACUGCCUUUUCGCCCUAAGCGUCGACCUCCUCCCACGCUCAAUGGAGACGGAGAACCCGUCGACGAUGAUGAGCCUUCGAUCCAGCCACGUUCGGCAUCCAUGCCUGCCACUCCCUCAGUAGAACUUGCUACACUGCCCGUGCCUAAUCUACAUCUCGGUGUCGCUGCACGUUUCGCCCGUCAAGACCGCAAGCCAUCGCACUGCUCGGUCGGCUCCACGCUCAGUGACGCUACACUAAGCGAAGAAGACGAAGAGGAGGCUCGACUGGUCGAUAUGCUUUCGUCUCUCACUGCGGGCACAAAUUUGGCCACGGCCGAUAAGCGCAAAGCCACCGUUUUCAGCACGCCCGUCGAGUCAGUACAUCUACAGCCACGCUCGGUCGAGCGUCAGCCAAUCAAUGAGUGGAUGGAGCAGUUCGCUUUUCCCCAGGUUCCUGGCGCGCUCAACAUCGCUCCUUCGACCCCGCAACGCUCGGGCCGCCUCGAUCGAGCGCUGCCCAGCCUGCCAAGCCCUCGAGGAUCGCCCAGCAGGAUCGCUGCAUCUCUGUACUCGACGCCAGCAAGCACAUCUAAUGGCUCGCUACGGCACAGCUCGAGCUGGCACUCUGUCGCGUCCAGCCAUUUGCCCACCUCUAUGCAGCAAGGCAAUUUGGCACGACGCAGCGAGGACAGCCAGGAUCCUCUCUCACAAUCACCCUCGCAGACAUCCCAGACAAGCGACUCGGACAUCUCACACACUUCACGCACGGGCUCGUCUUUGCUCACUACACCAUCAACGACUGCCACCUCUGUCGCUUCACCCACUCAGGCGCAACGCAAAGCGAGCUUGACUCAUUCUUUGCGCCGCGUGCCCGUUCCUCGGAGCGAACCGGAUCGUCGCAGAUCGUCUAUCGAUGCCAUACCCCAAGAAUCAUCUCAGAUUACCUCUGCAGUCUCGUCAGUCACAGCACGACGAGGCUCGAAUGCUGCACCCUUCAGUCCUGCACCUACCGCAUCUAGCUUUCAUGAGAGUGUGCGCGGACCUAGCGAUUAUGCCACUCCGACGCUCGACAGCGACACUUUCUCUUGCGCGAGAGAAGAGCCUCCUCUCAAGCCUGGCAAAAAGUCGAAGCUGCCACCGCAAGAGCCUCCACCCAAUGGUCUGGCUCUGCGCAAUGCACUCAAGUGCUACGUGCAGAACGAAGAUGGCGUGAGCAUCCAAUUCUCGCAGCUCAUCGAUCCCUUCAGGCAACUCAAUGGCGAUCGUACUAUCGUCAUCUUCAUUCGCAACUGGAGCUGUGCUCUAUGUCUGUCCUAUCUUCAAGCUCUCAUGAAGCUCGAUCAGACGGAGCUACGCGAUCUCGGCGUGCGCAUCGUCAUCAUCGGAUGUGCCGGUGCAAGCUUGAUCAAGCGUUAUAAAGAAUUGGCUGGAUGUCCGUAUGACCUCUACACUGACUCGUCGAUGAAGCUGCACAAGUUGCUCGGCUUCAAGAAAUCCUUGGAUCCAGGCUCUAGCGCCGACAAGGGCGACUAUAUACCGUUCGGUAUGGGCGAGAAUCUUAUCCGGUCGACCACGCAAGGCCUCAAACUCAAGACGCUCAAUCCUGGUCCUAUGUCUGCACUUGGAGGCGAGCUCGUCCUUCAGACGGGUGAUCAAGGGAUCGAGUGCAUAUACUCUCAUAGAAUGCGCACCACUCGCGAUCAUGGCUCUUUGGACGCACUGUUACGAGCGGCAGGAGCAGAUGGAGAAAUCAACCGAUGGAAGAUAUGA